AUGGGAAACGUCUUGGAUGUCGAUAUUCCUGGCGGUGGUCAUCAAGGAUACCACGUCUUACGCGUACAAGAAAAUUCACCGGGGGAAGCAGCUGGAUUAGAACCUUUUUUCGAUUAUAUUAUUUCUGUUGGAAAUACUAGGCUGGAUACAGACAAUGAAGUCUUAAAAGAAAUUUUAAGUCAACACGUUGAGCGACCUUUGGAACUUACUGUUUAUAGCAGUAAAACGAGGACUGUUCGGCAAACACAAAUCACUCCUUCGCAAAUGUGGGGUGGCCAAGGAUUGUUGGGUAUUUCUAUUCGUUUUUGUUCCAUCCUUGGCACUCGUGAUAGUGUCUGGCAUGUUCUUGGAGUAAAACCAAAUUCACCAGCAGCUAUAGCUGGUUUAGUUGAAGAUACUGAUUAUAUUCUUGGUGCAGAAGCAGUUAUUAAUCAGGGCGAUGAUCUUCAAGCAUAUGUUCAAGCAAAUGAAGGAAGACCAAUCAAGUUAUACGUUUAUAGUACUGAAACAGAUGCAGUCAGAGAGGUAACUCUAACUCCAAAUUCAGCAUGGGGUGGUGAAGGUUCUCUUGGGUGCGAUAUAGGCGUAGGUUAUUUACAUCGCAUUCCCUCCUUUGCACCAACAAAGACUGUGCAACAAAUACCAUCUGCAGAAAAUCGCUCUGAAUGUAUCCCAAUUCCUCAACCAGGUUUAUUUUUUGGUUUUAUCAGUAAUACUGGAAUUCCUCAAAUUGAUUUUAUAAAGACAGUACCUGUUUUUCCUGAUCCUCGAACGUUCCCCGCACCUCAAUUGGUAACUAUUUUCUCUUUGAUUUUAUUCUCGAGUAUUUUUCGACAUUUAAUUUAA